CUGGAUCUGUUGGCUUUUACGGGCCUGGAGGUCAUGCCAUGGGCGCGCAGAGCACGAAGUGCCAUCACUGCGCCUGCCAAGGGAGCCAGGAGGACGAGGAGGCCAAUGCGCUACCUGGAAUUUCCAUUGCCGGAUCAGAACGGCCGUCUCCCACAAGUUCCGGGGCACCCAGCUCGCCAACCUCCCCUGCACCAGAUGAGGAGGAAGUGGAGUGGAUGCAGCUGGUGGCGCCCAUGGUGGGCCUGAAAGCCACGGCCAAUGAGUUCAUGGAGCUUUCCCAGAAGAUUGACCCAGGCGGACUGGAGCUGGAUGCUUUUCUGGAUGCCGAGCAAGAGGAGUUGAACCGAGAAGAGCUGCGUGUGGAGCGCAUUACCAAGAAGGUGAAGCCGGCGGACUUUGAGUUCAUCGUACACACUGGGAUGACGGGGAACCAAGCAGAUCGCGCGCUCGCCGAGAGGAUGGCUCGGAAAUCCUUCAGAUUCCAGGUGGGCAUGGGCAAGAGGGCCCCAAAGCAGGAAGGCAACAUUGAGCGCCCCGACGACGAAGCCUCUGACGCCUCGAACGCCGACAAGGACACCGCCUUUCAAACGGAUGUCAGAAAGGCCAUCGCCGGCGACUUGGAAGCUGACGCGUCGGGCGCCUCCGGCCUUGACACAUCUGAUGAGUCAAAGCGGGUCCUCCGCAACAACCUCCGGAGAACUGCGAGCCAACUUAGUUUGAUGUCCACCAUGGGCCGCGAUGUCUCAGAACGCCUCAGGAUCAUCGUGGAGAACCCCCGGGAUAUUUCUUGUUUCUACACACUGCAAGACGGCAUGCUGGGACGAGGAUCCUACGGCACGGUACAGCGGGGCGUUGUGAAAUCCACCGGCGCACAGCGCGCUGUGAAGACCAUCUCCAAGGAGCAGUGCAAAGAGGGCUGGGGCGCCCUGAAGAAUGAGACGCCCAGCGCAACAGUUGAGUCAGCGAUGC